AUGUCGUUCGCCCCGCCUUCCGGGCCUCCCCCGCCCUCAGUACCCGAGGGAUGGAAAGCACAAUACGAUGACAGAUAUCACGCAUGGUUUUAUGUGAACCUCGCCACCGGUCAGUCGCAAUGGGAGAAACCGGAAAUUACCACCCAUCGCGAUGAUGACAACCUUCCACUUAAUUCUCCUCCACCAUCGUACAGUAAUGGUGGACCCGGUGACCCAGCUUCCAUCGCAAGUGCUGGUGACAAGAAGCUUAAUAUGGGAUCAAACAAUCCCUACAAUCCAGUGAACACUGGACCAGGCAGCAAGAACCCCAACAUAGACGAAGACGCCCGACUUGCCGCCAAGCUUCAAGCCGAGGAAGAUGCCCGGGGUGGUAUGCGAGGCGCCGGAGCUCCAGGCGCAUCGGCAGACUAUUACAGCGAUCCUUCACGGCCACAAUCUACCGGUCCGAGCGGGUACGCGCCGGGACCCUCGUCGCAAAGUCCACUGCCAGAACGAGAACAGAAACGCAGCAAAGGUGGCUUUUUGAGCAAGUUGAUGGGAAAGAGCAGCUCGAGCAGCCGACCUCAUCGACCCCAACAGCAGUACGCCUCGUACUCCCAGCAGCCGCCUCCACAAGCUGGAUAUUACGGUGGCUAUCCUCAGCAGCAGCCCGGAUAUGGUGGCUACCCGCAGCAAGGGUAUGGAGGGUACCCGCCGCAAGGUGGUGGCUACUACCAGCAGCAACCGCCUCGCAAGUCAGGAGGAGGCAUGGGAACCGCUGGUGCCGCGGCUCUUGGUGUUGGUGGUGGUUUGCUCGGUGGCAUGUUGAUUGCUGAUGCCAUCGAGGAUCACCACGAUGACAAUGACUAUGGCAACAAUGACUACGGCGGUGGUGGUGAUGAUUACGGAGGCGGUGAUGACUUUGGUGGAGGUGAUUUCUAA